CUUUACCUAUCAGUUGGUGUACAUUUUCAUUCUCUUCUAUCUCAAUUCGUUUAUAAAAUUUUCUCCUCUACCAAACAAACAUUGAUCGUGUGGAGCCUGACUUUGUGUACGUACUAAAAUUAUUGUAACUUGACAGCAAAGCCAAGAGCUAAUUACAAAGAAGGGUUUCGGUUUAUUUUCAUAGUUUUUGUGUUUUCUUGGUGGCUGUUUCUAUAGAAUUUUGAGUCUGGGCAAUUGAAGAAGAAAGUAUUAUGAUGAGAGAUAAAAUGGAGAGAUUUGUGUUGCUUCCUUUCUCAGCUGGAUGUAUUUCUGAAUCCAGCAUUGCGGUGGGUGUUCAGCAGCAGCAGCAGCCGUCGCCACCGCCACGAAGAUCAUCGUCGUCCAAGCCAGCUGCGGCUGCUGGUGCAGAGAUUCAUAACUCUUCUACUACUGCAAUAAAAAACCAAGAAGAAGAUGAAGAAAGUAUAUCAAGUGAAAGCAUGAAGGGUUCAUUCAGGUCCCUCCCCAACUCAAAGCCUGAUUUAUCAACUGGUCUCAAUAGGCUUUGUAAGGGCUUAAAAAAUUUCUCUCAAUUCUUUGCAUACAAAGAAGAAGAGAUGGAGGAGGAGAUGGAAAUAGGGUUGCCAACAGAUGUGAUGCAUGUCACCCACAUUGGACUUGAUGGUUGCACUACAACUACAACAAAUAAUAAUCAAAACCAAAAUAAUAAUAAUAAUAAUAAUUCAAUCAAAGGCAGCAAUUGGGAAAAUAUCAUGGCUCCUGGGUUGCUCUCUUUGGGACAAUUUGAGCUUUCAAUGGCAGCUGCUGCACCUACAAAAGCUGAUGAUCGUGAAGAAGCACUUCCUGCAGAAGCACUUGUCAAGAAGAAGAAAAAUAUAAAUAUUAAUAAUUCUAUUAAUCAACUUAAUUAAUUAAUAAUCAUAAUAAUAAGAAUUAAGCACCACAGCUUAAUUCUCUCUCUCUCUCUCUCUCUCUUGUAUAUUUAAGCGUCUAAAUCUUGACUAUAAUCUGAUUAUUAAACUCCCUCUCUCUCUCUCCUUGUUAUAAUACGUUUCAUGUGUAUCUCUAGAAGUUAAAGCUUUCAUAUAUGGUGUUUGUAUGAAUUUAUUUUCAUAUUUUUUUUUGUAAUUAAUUAUGA